UGUCGUCUAGGUGCUAGUCUUAUGUCUGUGGUACGCACUUCGUACAUUCUAGUCCAUAACUACAAUAGUUAUCUUGUCCUUGUUUUCGAGAAAAAUAUUGUAUGAAAAUUUAAAAACAAAGUAAACUAGAACCCUUACAAAACACUUUUAAAAUAUGGUUGUGUUUACAUGUGGCCACUGCGGAGAAUCGGUGCAGAAACCUAAAGUUGAAAAGCAUUAUCUUACGAAAUGUAGAAAUAGAAAUCCAAAUUUAUCUUGCAUGGAUUGUUUUAAAGAUUUUAUUGGCAAUGAUUAUGAGUCUCACAUUAAAUGUAUAUCUGAAGAACAGCGUUAUUCAGCGAAAGGAUUUCAAGCUAAAGAAAAAAAGGGUGAGAAGAAGCAAAAUGCAUGGGUUGAAAUGUUGCAGUCUGUACUAGACGAACAGAAAAAUGCCUCAAAAAAUGUCUUAAGAAUCAUUGAAACAAUCAGUAAACAUAAUAACACACCUAGGAAGAAGCCAAAAUUCAUCAACUUUGUUAAAAAUGUUUGUGGUAAUAAAACAAAUCCUAAAGAUAUGGAUGCAGCAUGGGAUCUGAUUUCAGUCAAACUUACAGCUCUAUCUAAUGCUAACCAACAGAAUAGAAAUCAAAAUAAGGAUGAAAAAUCAAGUUCAGAUACAAAAGAAAUUAAUUCUGAAAUAAAUGGUACAACAAAUCAUAAUGAUAUUAGUCCAUCACAGGAAAACAAUAAUCCCGAAGAACCAUUGGAACCUGUGGAGCCGGUUAAUGGUCAACCUAAAGAAGAAAUGAAACUAUCAAAGAAACAAAAAAAAGAAGAAAAGAAACGCAAAAAAUAUGAAGCUGAAUUAUUGAGUGCAGAAACACCAUCUACUGAAGUUAUAGAAGAAGUUGAAUCUAAGAAAAAAGGUAAAAAGGGUAAAAAUAAAGAAAAUAUAAAUGAUGAUGAUAUUACGAACGAGGCUAAAAACAAGAAAAAACGUAAACGUCAAGACACAAUACCAACAAUUGAAGUAGUGGAAAAUGGUGUUGUUAACAAGGAGAGUAAGAAGAAAUUAAAGACAGAUGAAGAAGAGGAAGAAAGUAUCUGUUUACAUGAUCAGAAUGUAGCGAAAAGUGAGGAAGUUGAAGAGAAAAAAGAUAAAUUUAACUGGCAUGAAGUCAUUUUGUCUGUGUUACAAAAGAAAGACAAUGAAAUGCAAUUCAAACGUCUUCAAAAGAAGGUGCUUGGAGAAUAUUCGGAAUUCUUUGGAUGUGAGGUUGAUGAUAGAAUUGCUGAUAAAUUCAUUAAAAAAUUAAAGAGUGCUCCAAAUGUAAGAGUUGACAAAAAUAGAGUUACAUUGAUUGAGGAGUAAAAAUUAUUAUGAAUAUUUCCUCUGCCAAAGUUGACAUAAAUAGGGUAAUAUGUAUAUGAAUUGAGUCAAUUUUAUAUCCCAUAUACAAUAUCCUCUUACAUACACUGCCACAAUUUUAAUCUCUGAUAUCUUAUCAUGGACUCAAAUGGUUUGGAUCGAUUAUGCACCAGGAACAUUUCACCUGAAAGUCAACUUUUUUCCCAUAGCUCCUAUAGGUUAUGGUUUCAUUAAAUAUAUAAUAUAGUGUUUACUGAUCCUAAAGACCAUGAAUGUACUAUGUAUUUUAUUUCUUAUAUGUAAAACAUUCAAUUAUAUUCAAAUUAAAUAUGAA